ACAACCAAAAAUAUGUCAUUCAUAAAUCAUUCAUGCAUGCAUACGGUGGAAAUGGAUAUCGUCGUCUAAAAUGACAUCUACAAUGACACGUUUCCCAGCACGAUUAAUCCGUUGUGGCCGUUCCUUGCUGGCGGUAGAAAUUCCUCCUCUCUGCUCUUCUCGCGAGUUCGAAGCUCCUCUCGACUUUUCACGCCGGCGGGCGUCGUCUUCGUCGAGUAGUGGAGCAUCAGCGUCACCGUGCAGGCGCGCUAGAAGGUCGGAUAUGGCGCUGGCAGCAGCGCGUUGCGUCGAACAGGCGGGAUUGUCCUUGCCUGUCCUCCGGGCUUCUUUGCGAUUGGCCGAUGGGACCCCCGCUGGGAGCGGCGGAGGAGAUGGCAAAGCCGUCUCUCCUCUCGUCCGAGGAGCACGGUCGCGCGCUGGUGAUGCGCGCGCGUUCGCGGGCGCUGUGACUCGUAGCAACGGCAGGUGCGCGUCGCUGGGUGGUAGCUCCAGCAGCGCGUUCGUCGUUGGGGCGCACACCUGGGUUGGCCAGGUGGCGGGCCAGGUGGGCAAUGGCUCUUAUGGUGGGCUAGGGUCUAGAAAGGGAUCCCGAUCCCGAUGCGCGUCUCCUUGGCCAUCGGUCGUGGGCGUGCGAGCUGUCUUGACGGAAUCAACGGAGCUAGCGCUCGGAACGAAGGCUCCAGACUUUGAGUUGCUGGAGCCAUUGACAGGGAAGAUGGUCAGCCUGCAGGAGUUCGAAGCAUACCCAGCUUUGCUUGUCAUGUUCAUUUGCAAUCAUUGCCCUUUUGUAAAGCACCUGAAGCCAGCGAUCACGAAAUUGACCGAGUACUACAUGCAGAAAGGCCUUGGAGUAGUUGCCAUUUCGUCGAACAGCAUUGUAACCCACCCACAGGAUGGCCCAGAGCAGAUGGCCGAGGAUGCGCGAGAAUUCAAGUACAAGUUUCCUUAUCUGUAUGAUGAGACACAUGAGGUGGCAAAAGCAUACAAAGCAGCUUGCACUCCCGAGUUCUAUCUUUUUAGAAAGGACGGGAGGCGGCCAUUUGAGCUGGUGUACCAUGGCCAGUUUGACGAUUCGAGGCCAAGCAAUGGAAAGCCUGUGACAGGAGCGGACCUGAGGCAAGCUCUGGACUGUGUGCUCUCUGGACGACCAGUAAGUCCUCUUCAACAGCCGAGUAUUGGUUGCAAUAUCAAGUGGACGCCUGGGCAAGAGCCCGAUUACUUCAAGUCUUGAUUUGCGGCUGCUGUUGUUUUCGAGGAAGUGCCAUAUAGGCACCUCCGCCUCUUGCUCCAUCAAGUACGGUGGUAAGUUUCAUUCGUUGAUCGGCUCGUCGACAAAGGUUUCCUAUCGGCUCGUCGACAAGGUUUCCUGACCUCCCUCUCCCUCCCUCUCCCUCCCUCUCCCUCCCUCUCCCUCCCUCUCCCUCUCUCUCUCUCUCUCAGGGGAAGGGUGCAGCAUCAACUGCUGCGGCCAGUUUGAUACUUCCAUCCGCUAGUCGGCAAGGUUGUGCCCACUGCUCGCGGUAGGAUGAGGGCAGCAAAUCACCUUGGUGUCCAAUGGAGGUCUCUUUUGGCAGCAACGUUGGGAGGUUGACGGCGGAACCACAGUCACUGUGUUUUCAUAGGCCCUCCGCUCGUCGGCAAGGUUAUGCAUUCUUUGAUGAUACGCUCGUCAGCAAGAUUGUCAGAACUUCUCUCCGCAAGGGGAAAGGCGGCAAUCACUUUCGUGUGAUGGAGACGUCUGUGGUGCCAAUUGGGAGGUUGAUGGAUGAACAUAUAGUCCAGCAUGUCCCCCUCGUCCGGGAACUGCCAAGUUGUCCCAUCUUCCCUGGGUUUUGGGACCCAUUGGUUCCUUGGAACCGUUAAAGCUGGGAAUCCAAUGUGAGACCAUUGAAUGAGAUUAGGUCAGUAGCGAUCUUCAUUCUUAUUCAGUGCUGCGAGUAGUAGUUUGUUUUGCGGGCAAGGUUGUGCCUGUCUCUCUGAGGGAAACAUUCCAAUUGAUAUUUCGCAUGGAGUCCCCUACGGUGGAGUUGGAGGAGGAGGAUGGGUGAACAGCGUUAUCACCGGUCACAUUAUGUCCUCCUCAUCUUCCUCGUCUUACGGUCUUGGCUUUGUAUGCCUGUUUAGGAUGUCAGACAUGGAAUUAUCCGAUACUAGUGUAUGUUUUCGUACGAAGCAGGAAAGACUCUAAAGUGCACUUUAGAGUCUUCUUUGGACAUAAACUCCACCACACAGAAGGAAAAAGGACAAGAAAGACCACCGCAACGCAUGUGAAUCGUUUUCUACUGCAGAGAAAAGUUGAUGAAUCAUUAAGUGUUGAUUUCCCCUUUAUUUGAAACAUGGAGAUUGAUGGUGAUGGUUCCAUUGUCAAGUCAUCGUGCAGGAUGAAUGAGAAAGGAGAUGCACGAAACAAAAAAAAAAGGAAAAAAAAGAAAGAGGAAGGAGGUGCACUGCUGCAGUUUGUAUGACAAUUUACAAAAAAAGAAAGUAAUGAGAGGUUGGAUUGAUGGUGUAGCCUUGCGCAAGGCGAAGGCUGCUAGCAAGCACAGUGCAAAGAAGUUGCACAAGGCAUAGCCCCUGCCGCUGCCGACUUGCGAGGGCUGAUUCUGCAAGCAGCAGAAGAUGUCAGUUGUCCCUUGUCAGGUCUGCAAUGCUGCUGCCGACUUGUCAGGGCCCUGCUGCUGCCGACUUGUCAGGGCUGAUUGAACAGGCUGGUUUACAGCUGCCAGGUGAGGAGGCGGAGGCUGGGCCCAUGGCACUGAAAGUGGGACUUGGGAGGGACCAAGGUUGUGCCAGGUAUGGGAUUGGGUCCUAAGAUGGGACCAGGCAUGGCAGGAACAUUAUAGUAUCGGAAUUUCGGAAAACAAUUAGCGGGACGUUCUUUCGACUUUUCUGGAAUCUGGAUGGAUCCUAAGGUGCUUGAGUUGAUAGAUGGGAUGAAGGGAGGGAGGAAGGGGGAUGAAGACAGGGAUUUGUAUGUCUCUGGAGGCAGGGGGGGGGAGGGGAGCGGUAGGUUUUUCGUUGUACUAGGGCAAUAACAAUGCUGGAUCCUAAAGGUGCUUGAGUGGAUAGAACAUAGAUGGGACGAAGGGAGGGAGGAAGGGGGAGGAAGACAGGGAUUUGUCUGUCUCUGGAGGCAGGGGGGGGGAGGGGAGCGGUAGGUUUUUCGGUGUAUUCGGGGCGGGGAAAAACAAUGCUCGUUUAUCGUUGACAGUGUUGAGUGGAAGAUUCCAGAAGGGAGGGUUUAGUGGGAUGCGCUUCUAAGUGCAACGUUUUGAGAGGUUGUGGGGUUACAAGGAAGAUUAAAGGAAAGAUUCAAUAGAGUCACAGAGUUGAAGGCGUAGGAGGAAGAAGGAAUGGAAUUUGAUUGUUUACAGAUAGGACAUAAUCAGCAGUGAAUUUGUCACACAUUUGUGAAAAUGGCAAAAUGCACUUUUCUUGGAGCUUAUACUCUGCACGGCAGAAUUGAAAAGCAAAAUAAUUUCAUUCUGUCUGCGGUUAGAGAGUCUUCAGCAUGUACUCUAUGUUCACGUUACAAG